GGCGGCGUGAUCAACGAGCAGCUGCAGGUCUACGGCACCAGCAACGUGCGCGUGGUGGAUGCCUCGGUGGUGCCCCUUCCAGGUGUGCGGCCAUCUGGUGAGCACGUUGUAUGCGGUGGCCGAGCGCACCUCGGAUCUGAUCAAGGAAGGGUCUUCUCGGUUCCAGACUGA